AUGGAGUUUGAUAAUUCAGGCGGUAGUGUCUACCAUAGAACACAAGCUGUCUAUAUCCGGUCGGUAGACGGACAGCUGAUCAGAACCAUCGAGGCGAAGCACCAGAAAAUUGAAACGAACUGGGAAAUCAUACGACCUCAGCUACCAACAACUUUUACCAAUCUCGCCGACGGUCCACAAAGAUUAUCACAUCAUGAUUCAGAGCAACCAAGCUCUGUUGAACUAACAGUCUACGAAAAGCGAAGGGACGGAGAGGACGAUGUUGUUGGCCUGGUACUGGAAACCUCGCCCAACGGACUUGACAACCCUUUUGAGAACUUCUUCAUCUCUCUGCUGCUCAACCAAAUGCACUUGCAUCUCCAUAAGCCAGCGCCAUAUUCCUCCGAUAGAGAAUGUACUGAUGCUAUUGUUGACCUUUUCGAUAACUAUCUUCGAAACUCCGGCUCGAAAGACGAAUGGGGUCAAGGUGGAAGAACCUUUUUCAAGAACAAAGUCGCUUUCUUUACUUCAAGUAAUGCGAAGGUUGAGUUCUGCUUGCCGGCCUUCCCAUGCAAAUCAUCGAAUACCGAAAAAGUCAUGGGCACUAUGCCAGACAGAGGGGAAGAAAUGGCUCUGAGAAUGCUGCAUAGCUUUGUUCGUGAAGUCGAGGCCAUAUACACGCCAGGUGCUAAGGUAUGGAUUAUUAGCGACGGCCAUGUCUUCAGUGACUGCAGUGAGUACUACUACCACCGAGCUAUUAGAUCGCAGUCUAACAACAAACAGUUGGAGUCGAUGAUGAUCUUGUUGACGCAUACACGGCCAGUCUGGUCGGAAUGAAUGCUUCAAUUGCAUCACAGGAGCAGGGUCCAGACCGUGUCGGGUUUAAGUCGCUGGUAGACCUGUUUGAUCUCAAAUCCUCGAGUCACACUGUUUCGAGUCUCGACAUUCCCAAUAUCGAUCACUUCCUCAAUACCAAGGUCACCACUGAAGCGGAGCUUUCCAGGCAAGUCUUGAUGUCAGGUUGCCAGUCCGAAAAGGCCAACCUCCGACGAAGAAUCGACUCUCAGGAGCCUUCCAUACUAGCACUUUAUCGAGGGUUCUCUCGAUUUAUGUUGGAAGAUUUGGAUCUUCACCCGUACACAAAACCAAUGAGUCGAAGUCAGCGAAAGAAGCUCUCAGUCAAGGUUUCCUUUGAAAUGAUUAUGGUAUGUGCAGUCUCCUUGGUAUGACGAGUCUUUACUAACUCGAUCAAGAGGAAUCAAGCGUAUUCUAAUCUUGUAGAGCUCCUCUUCCCAGAUCAUGUCAGAUUGUCGAUUCAUGCGUAAGUCCUGAUCACAAAUUCUUGCCGUCACUUCUAAUGUAGUUGAGUAGGCACACCAACAGUGGUCCAAAGUUCGGUGUUCGUAUGUUUGAUAAAAAAUUUGUCAAGACAGUCCGUUCUAUAGAAGACUGUACCGAAUCAGAGGGACCCUCUUGUGACCUCUUACACAUCCCAACCCCGUGGCACAAUUGCACGUUCCAGUUUAUGGAUAGUCCAAUCAUAUAUGUGGUCAAGUCGAAGAUUAUAAAGGAUGCUUUGCAAUCGGGACUUGUGGAGGGAGGCUGGGUGGAGGGCCGUCCUGGCAAGAGAGGUUAUUUCGAAAUUCGCAAAUCCCAACCCCAACCGCCGUCAACCGAGACAGAAAAGAAACCGGCCAUGGAGAAAUCCGCAUCCAAACAGGAAGCAGUAGUAGAGCUUCAAGUUUCCCAAAAGCCUGCUAGGCAAAGUAUAAUGCAACACAGCGGGGUGCUUGGAUCGCUCGUCCACAUACUUGGCGGUUGGCCACGCUUUCUACUGAGACUUGGAGGCGUCGACGUUGGGGUACUGGGAAUUCGAGGCAGCCUCUUUCACUGGUCCUGGCCCUGGAAGCGAACACAAGUUUGAUAUCGGUUGUUUUUUUGGGGUCGUGGAAAUCUGGUUGAAGACUGCGGAGCGGUCUAAGGUGUUUUGGAAAGGUUCACAUAGGGUUAUUGGAGUUAUGGAACAUACCAAGGGAUUAUCUUCCGCGGGACUAUUAAGGCUUACCUAUUCUUUUGGGGGGGGG